CACAAAAAAGAUACCAUCUUGUCACUGUCAAUAUCCGGCCACCAUCUCUUUUGGGAAUUGGUUUGCUUAUUUUCCAAAUAGAAAAGUGAAGUGAACAAAACUGAGACGAAAGUGAGCGGUGCGGUGACUUUCUAAUUCAUAGGUACUUUUCUUUCUGCGCGUGACUAUGUCCAAUGUUUCAAAGAGAAGACGAGAAGGUUCCCGGUCCAAGAUAAAGAGCAUGGGAGACCACAAAGAGUUCUUGAAGCGCAUCUCUAAAACACUAUACUAUGGUCAACUUCCAACUUUGCCCUGUUUGAGCUUGCCUGUUACAGAGGUGUCAUGCGAGUUGUGGUCGCUGUCGCAGCGCGGGCGCUCGCUGCGGCGCCUGCACGUGGACGCGGCGGCCAGCAUCGCGCGGCAGGCGUGCGUGUCGCCGUGCGCGCUCGUGCUCGCCAUCCUCUACCUGGAGCGCCUCAACGCUUGCAACCCCGACUACCUGAUGACCACCGCGCCCGCCGACCUGUUUCUUGUUUCCUUGAUGGUAGGCAAUAAAUUUUUGCAAGAUGAUGGUGAAGACGAUGAAGUAAUAUGCUCAGAGUGGGCGGCGUCGGGCGGUCUGGAGCUCCGGCAGCUCAAAAAGUUGGAAGUUGAAUUUCUGAAUGCUAUAGAUUGGAAUAUUUUUGUGAGUGAAAAAUCAUUCGAGUCUGGUUUGGCGUGGCUGGAGAAGCAGGUGGCGCUGCGGCAAGGCCGCGCGCGGGGCUUCUUCACGUACGGCGACCUGGUGUCGGGCGGCGGCGCGCUGGGCGCGGCGGCCCGCGAGCUGGCUCGCGCCUGCGCGCGACUGGCGGCCCGCUACGUGUGCCUGGCGUCGGCGCUGCUGGCCGCGCACGCGUGCCUGCCCGCGCUGCAGCCGGCGGCGCGCCCGGCGCCCGGCUCCGCGCUGUGGCACGCGCCGCAGCCGCCGCUCCCCGCGCCACUCGCAGUCGACAACGCUACGCUCGAGGCGGCCACGCUCGACGUCCUCCUCGAGAUGGAAUCGAGAGCCGGCCCGCUCAAAUGUUGCACCAAGUGGACACAAUAUCAUGAUACUAUAGUGACAAAGAAGAGUUGGCACGAUACUGUGGUCAUUUACGACUGGAAGGCUUCCGAACCUUGGUGGUCCACUUCGGUGCUCAAUUGGUUAUACCAAAGUUCACUUAUCAAUCCGAUGCAGCGUUGGCUGGAGAAGAUGACACAGUAUGUGGAUAUAGUGAAGAGAGAACUAGUUAUGGUUGAAUCCUCUAAUCACGAAGGGUCAUGUAAUGAAUAUGUGAAACAUAAUGUGCCCCAAUAUUGCGUCCGACAGUGGCUGAACCUCAGCAAGCUCAGUUUGCUGGUCUCGUCAGUGUCAGAUCGAUGAAUUAAUUGUUCUUACGUAACUAUGACUUCCUACUAACGAUUUUAACAUGUGGAAUGCUCAUUGUCAGCAAUAAUAUGCUAAUGGAAGCGCACCCUACUUAUUUAUAUUAUGUUAAACUGCUGAAACAGCUCAAAAAUUUUAAUAAAUAACAAAAAAUGCAAGUUAUAAAAAUUUUUGAAGUUUCACU